UCUUCUCAGCUCCGUUUCUCCUUCUUCCACUGCCUUUGGUGAUCGGGACAUCGGAGGCAGAAUGUGCCUAUGUGAUAGUCCUGAUGGCGGUGUACUGGUGCACAGAAGUCCUACCGCUGGCUGUCACAGCUCUGCUCCCCGCAAUCCUUUUCCCCGCCUUCGGCAUCAUGAAAUCCAAAGAUGUGUGUAUGCAGUACCUGAAGGACACAAACCUGUUGUUUGUGGGGGGACUGCUGGUCGCUGUAGCUGUGGAGCACUGGAAUCUGCACAAGCGCAUCGCCUUGAGAGUGCUGCUCAUCGUUGGUGUGCGUCCAGCACUUUUGAUGUUGGGUUUCAUGGGUGUGACAGCCUUCUUGUCCAUGUGGAUCAGUAACACAGCUACCACAGCCAUGAUGGUGCCUAUUGUCCAAGCAGUGCUGCAGCAGCUCAACAACAGUGAGGCAGAGAUACCUCAGAUCCUCAGCUCAGAGGAGCAGGUCCAGACAUCAGAGACUGACAGUAAGCAGCCUCCACAGACAGAGAAACAGAGUGAGGGCCAAGUGGUGGUGACUUUCUUGGAUGCGGAAGCGGAGGCUGCCGCGCAAAAAGAUGCAGCGGAAAAGCGGAGAAUGUGUAAAGGGAUGACCCUGUGUGUUUGUUACGCUGCCAGCAUCGGAGGCACCGCCACACUGACAGGAACCGGUCCCAAUCUGGUGCUCAAGGGCCAGAUGAACCAACUCUUUCCUGAAAACGGCGAUGUGAUUAACUUUGCCUCCUGGUUCGGCUUUGCCUUCCCUAACAUGAUCCUCAUGCUCACACUGGCCUGGCUUUGGCUGCAGUUUGUCUUCAUGGGAUUCAACUUUAAGAAGACCUGGGGCUGUGGGGCUAUAAAGACAGAGAAGGAGAUUGCUGCCUAUAAUGUGAUCCGUGAGGAGCAUCGCCGGCUGGGGCCCAUGUCCUUCGGAGAGAUCAGCGUCCUGGGUCUCUUCAUUCUGCUGGUGUUGAUGUGGUUCACACGGGAACCAGGCUUUGUUGACGGCUGGGCGACAGAUAUCUUCAACUCCAAAGCAGAGUAUGUGACAGACGCCACGGUGGCAAUCUUCAUCGCCGUCCUUCUCUUUGUUCUGCCCUCUAAACCCCCACGUUUCUCACCCCAUCAAACUGUUGGCCCAACUCCACCUCUGCUCACCUGGAAAGUUGCCCAAAAGAAGUUACCAUGGGGCAUCGUGCUUCUUCUUGGCGGAGGUUUUGCUCUGGCCAAGGGCAGUGAAGAAUCAGGACUCUCAAAGUGGAUGGGAGAUCAAAUGACUCCCCUUCAAAACAUCCCUCCCUGGGGAAUUGCUAUCAUCUUGUGCCUGCUGAUUGCUACCUUCACAGAGUGCACCAGUAAUGUGGCCACUGCGACGCUCUUCCUACCUGUCUUAGCCUCAAUGUCUCAGUCCAUUGGAAUGAAUCCACUGUACGUCAUGGUGCCUUGUACUCUGAGUGCCUCUUUUGCCUUCAUGCUGCCUGUUGCUACGCCCCCGAACGCUAUAGUCUUCUCUUACGGAUACCUCAAGGUUGCUGACAUGGCCAGGACAGGAAUAGUCAUGAACAUCAUCGGCAUCCUUUGUAUCACAAUGGCCAUCAACACCUGGGGCAAGGCCAUGUUUGAGCUGGACACCUUCCCCGCCUGGGCCAACGUCACCGGGGUGUGAGCCUGGUUCUGCCACAGGAGAUGAUCCACGGACACCCUGCCCUCCCUAUCCACAGGUGCCAGACAAAGACCUCUGGUCAGAGCAACAGCACAGGACCGCACGGUGGACCGCCUGCGUCCCAUUGCUGUUUGAUAACAAGGCCCUCAAGGCUUGUUUUCAUUGGCAACUGAGUCUUGCUUGUGAAAGAAAGUGGUGAAGAAUAUGAUUGGGAAUGAAAGAAGAGUGGUUGAGGAAUGAAAUUUAAAC